AUAUAACCCUCCGCCCUCCCUUUUCUCUCUCCAACCACUCCGCCUCGCCUCGCCUCGCCCAGCCCUCCUGUCCUGUCCUGUGCGCCCGUCGCGACAACCAUCUGACUAAGCAGCGCCCCGCGCUCGCCCUCCGCGCAGCGGCCCAUGGCGCCGGCGGUGGGGAUCAAGCGGACCGCCGCGGCGCAGGCCGUCGCGGUGCAGGCGCCGCCGCCGCCGCCGCCCGACGCGCGGCUGGUGCGCGAGGCCGUGCGGACCUCCACGAUCGCCGAGGCCGUCGCGCCCGCGGCCCUGGAAGCGCCCGCGCCCGCGCUCGAGGGCUUCCUCUGCCUCGAGGAGGUGGAGGGCCGGCGGUGGAAGUACGUGGUGGAUGCGGCCCCCGGGAAGGGCAAGGGGAAGGGCCGGGGCAGGGGCGGGUCCGCCGUCCCCCUCGGGGCCUCCGUCCGGGCCGUGCCGCUCCAGUCGCCGCUCCCGCCCGCCGAGGAAAUAAUGGCGUUCGUAAGAUCGUAUGUUGUGCCUGAAGGGUUUCCAGACAGUGUUACUCCUUCAUACGUCCCAUACAUGACCUGGAGAGCUCUCAAGCAUUUUUUUGGUGGAGCAAUGGGUGUGUUCACAACAAGAACCUUGCUGAGCUCCGUCGGAGUCUCUCAAAGCAAGGUUACCCCGGGUGCCAUUGCUAUCAACUGGAUCCUCAAGGACGGUGCUGGACGUGUUGGAAAAAUGCUUUUUGCGCGACAAGGAAAGAAGUUUGACAAUGACCUAAAGCAGCUCCGCUUUUCUAGCGAUCUCUUGCUGGAGAUAGGUGCUGGGAUAGAGUUAGCUACUGCAGCCUUCCCUCAGUUUUUCUUGCCUAUGGCUUGCGUUGCAAAUGUUGUAAAGAAUGUCGCUGCUGUUACGUCGACGUCAACUCGCACCCCAAUCUAUAAGGCAUAUGCAAGAGGAGAAAAUAUUGGAGAUGUGACUGCUAAAGGCGAAUCCGUCGGGAACAUUGCAGAUCUGCUGGGCACUGGUUUGAGCAUCUUUAUCACAAAGCGGAACCCAUCGUUGGUGACUUCAUUUGCCCUGCUAUCAUGUGGAUAUCUCCUGAGUUCAUAUCAUGAGGUGAGGUCUGUCGUGCUGAAUACCCUAAACAGGGCAAGGUUUACUGUUGCAGUGGAUUCCUUUAUUAAGACAGGGUAUGUUCCUUCGUUGAAGGAAGGAAACUCGCAGGAGACAAUAUUUAUUCAUCCUUGGCGGCAUGAGCCAGUUUCAAUAGGAUCACGAUUUGGAGAAGCAUUUCAAGAACCUGUUUCAUUUGUUGCCACAAGGCCUUUGUUUGAGGAUGAGCGAUACAUGGUAACAUAUAACCCAACGAAGGAUAAAGUAUAUGCGUUACUCAAGGACCCAGCAAAGCCAGAUGACAUUCUCAAAGCUGCUUUCCAUGCCCAUGUGUUGCUGCAUUUCAUCAAUGUAUCACAUGAAAGGAAGAGGAUGAGCUCCAAUCGAUCAGAUCACUAUGGGAACCCGCACCCACGGAACAUGGAUUUCCUGGCACACAUCGCAGAGUCUUGCAAAAUUGUGUCGUCGUCUUACAGAACAUUCAGGAAGAAAGCAAAAGAACAGGGUUGGAUAAUGUCGGAGUCACUUCUUAACCCUGGGAAGGCUCGAUUAUGCGUCACGAGACCGCAGUGACAUCACUAUUUCCGUUUACCAUCGACGGGAUGAUACCAUCUCUAGCUGUUACUCUAGCUUUUUCGACGGGAUGAUACCAUCUCUAGCUGUUACUCUAGCUUUUUCGACGAAGACGGGACAUGAUGCUGAUGAGUUGUUGGUAGCUGAACUAACAUGUGUUGGAGCCUGGCCUAGGUGUGAACCAGCGAGCCUAUCAUCUCGUGCAACCCCUAACCGCUGUAUCAACUACAGCUGCCGAAAUCCGGGGACACCAAGAAGCUGUAACUCGUCGUCGAAACAAUAACGCGGGAGGAGAUAUGCUCGCGCCGAACCAUGAGAAGACCGAGGGCGACCUCCAACUGCUAACUGCAUAGGAGUAGGUUCCCUAGAGGGACGUAUAUUUAAGCUUGCUGGUAGUAGCGUCGCUGUGAUGGAGAGGACUUGCUAACUGUAUGUAGCCUGUUCGUGAGUGGUGUUCGUCGGAAUGUAGGAAGAGCUGUUUCCUUUUUUUGCUGUGCUUUGAGAUGUGGUGUUCGUCAUGCGCCUUUGUAGGGCCGCUUGUUGUAAGUUGCAGUUUUUCGGAUGGAGUGUGUUUUCAUGUCGAUGCUUGUACAUACUAGUACCUGCUUGUUGUUGUAAUAAUCGGAAGCGUUUUGCUGCUGAGUUAAA